AUGUUUGCACUGUGCAAAGAAAAUCAGGGUGCGAGCGACAGCCCAAAACAAAAAUUGCACAGUGCGGGACUGCACGGUGCAAAAACAGCGACAACCCCGAAUCGCCGACUGCACGGUGCAAAAACAGCGACAACCCCGAAUCGCCGACUGCACAGUGCAAGAACAGCGACAACCCCAAAUCGCCGACUGCACAGUGCAAGAACAGCGACAGGCCCAAAUCGCCGACUGCACGGUGCAAAAACAGCGACAACCCCGAAUCGCCGACUGCACAGUGCAAGAACAGCGACAACCCCAAAUCGCCGACUGCACGGUGCAAAACUAG